CUGUGGUCUGGGCAGUCAGCAAGUCAGCGGCGCCUGCGCGGGCUUCGUCCGGCCUCUAGACAGAGGAUGCGCGCGCAGCGCCUUCGGCUACAGCGGAAGUUUUAGCGGGGCAACUGAGAAAGCACACUGUCAAGAUGGAGUUACCAGCCCAGUGAAUCCAAGGACCAGACCGCGACCCCAUGAAGCAUGAUAUCCUUCUGUCCGGAAUGUGGCAAAAGUAUCGAAGCAGUGUUCAAAUUCUGCCCUUACUGUGGGAAACCUUUGCCUACAGAGGAGCAUGCGGGGUCCUCAACCUGUGUCAAACCACUUGCGUCAACCUUUCAAGCCUCAAGAUUUCAAGGUGGCUUCUCCAUCUCCAAAGUUGCAUCUGCAUCCCAGGCAGAUAGGAGCAGAAUUUGCCUUGGUCCAACUUCAAAGUGCCCCAAGAGAGAGCUGACCUCCAGUUCUAAAGUCUCUCCUAAGAAAGUGAAGUGGUCCAGCAAUGUCUGCUCACCCCAGUCGUCCCUCUUCUCAGAUGCUGACAGCUCAGAGUCUGGAGAGACGUUAAGUCCCAAAGCAUCCCAGAACAGACUCCCAACCCCCAAAGGCAGCCCACGGACAACCAGGCAAAGCCCCCAGACGCUGAAGCGGAGCCGAGUGACCACCUCCCUUGAGGCUCUGCCCACCGGGACAGUGCUGACUGACAAGAGUGGGCAGCACUGGAAGCUGGGGACCCUCCAGACCAGGGACAACCAGGGCAUUCUCUACGAAGCUGAGUCCGCCUUGGUCCUCGCCUGCCAGUCAAAUCCCCAGAAGCACAAGUUCUCACUCAAACUGGAUGCCAAGGAUGGACGCUUGUUCAAUGAGCAGAACUUCUUCCAGCGGGCCGCCAAACCUCUGCAAGUGAGCAAGUGGAAAAAGCUGUAUGCAACCCCUCUCCUGGCCAUCCCCACCUGUGUCGGUUUUGGCAUUCACCAGGACAAGUAUAGGUUCUUGGUGUUCCCCAGCCUGGGGAGGAGCCUUCAGUCGGUCCUGGAUGACAGCCCGAAGCACGUGGUAUCAGAGAGGGCCGUGCUGCAGGUGGCCUACCGGCUGCUGGAUGCCCUGGAAUAUCUCCAUGAGAACGAGUACGUUCAUGGAAAUUUGACAGCUGAAAAUAUCUUUGUGAAUCCAGAGGACCGGAGCCAGGUGACCCUGGCGGGCUACAGCUUCGCCUUCCGCUACUGCCCAAGUGGCAGACACGUGGCCUGUGUGGAAGGCAGCAGGAGCCCCCAUGAGGGAGACCUCGAGUUCAUUAGCAUGGACCUGCACAAGGGACAUGCGCCUUCCCGCCGCAGCGACCUGCAGACCCUGGGCUACUGCAUGCUGAAGUGGCUCUAUGGGUUCCUGCCCUGGACAAAGUGCCUUCCCAACACCGAGGAGAUCAUGAAGCAGAAACAAAAGUUUCUCGAUAACCCGGAGCCCCUCGUGGGACUGUGUGGUCGCUGGAUCAGACCCUCAGAACUUGGAAUUUGCAGUUUGAAAUAGAAAAAGAAGUAAUGCGACCCAAGGCCUGCUGUUUAAUCACUGAUAAGCUUCUAGAAAGAUCCCUCGAAUGUGCAUUCCCGCCAUUCCUUAGGUGACAUGCGUCAGCCCCGACUAGCUUUAGCAUCAGGACACCCAGCAGCUGCCCCAGGUAAUGUGAAGUUCCUCCUCCGAGCAGUCCUUUCAGAGCACAGUCCUUUCAGCCCACCUCCCGCCAGAGCCGCCAGAGCCGCCAGAGGGCAGAAGAGAGUAGGGGAGACGGCAGCUCCCGGACAGUCAGGCCAGCUCCUUGGUGGGGACCCUUUCUACCCUUGGCAUCACUCUGCUUUGAUAAUAAAUUGUUUUAUUGGAACUUGA